AUGCAACAAAAGGAGCAGGCAAAUGUAAGAGUUAGGGAUUAUUUGCAGAACAGCACGAUUUGCGUGUUCUGGCAUAAGAACUACGAAUUUCAGCUAGCUGGAGACUACUCCAGUAUCAUAGGCAUUAAUAUUGACACAAUGGAGAAAAGUUUUGAGCAGAAUGUGAUCGAUGCAGAGGCCAGAAGACAACAGCUCAAGGAGCUCGGCCUGCACUACGAUGAUCUGGUGCUGAAGCUAACAUUAUCCAUUGAAACUUCACAUUGCGAGACCUUUCUGAUCUUUGGCGAUUUUAUGAGCCGCUUUGUGGCCGCCUUCGCACAGGCCUCCAUGUACUCCAUUUGGCGCUCGUUGCGCAACAGAUUCGUAUUCGCUCAUGUGGCACAGGAGCUGGAUGAGGAGGCAUGCUGCAGCAGCUACUUUUUUCAGGAUCAGCCCAACAUACUUUUCGUCCUGCGCAGCUAUGCGAAUGCAACAGACUUUGAGCUGAAGACGAACAAGUAUGUGGGACCCAGGGCGGAGCAGCCGCAGCAGCUGAUCUUGAUAGAUCGCUAUGAUGCACGACUGCAGCUGUUUCAGCACAAUGUGCCUCUAUUUCCGGACAAACUAAGGGAUUUGCAGGGCCGUGAGGUGAUCAUUGCCUGCUUUGACUACAGACCCUACACAGUCAUCAAAUAUACCAGUCCGAGCAAUGCGCGUGAUGUGGGCGUGGCAAUGCACUCGAAUCUAUCCCAAGUUUACAUCGAUGGCACUGAGACCCAAGUCGUGCUCAGCUUUUGCGCACAAUUCAAUUGUACGGUGCAGAUAGACACGUCCGAUGCCAAUGACUGGGGCAACAUCUAUCCGAACAUGUCGGGCGACGGCGCCUUGGGCAUGAUUCUCGGCCACAAGGCGGACAUUUGCAUAGGCGCCAUGUACUCCUGGUACGACGACUACACCUAUCUGGACCUCUCCAUGUACCUGGUGCGCUCGGGCAUAACGUGCCUGGUGCCGGCGCCCAAGCGCCUGGCCAGCUGGUACCUGCCCCUGGAGCCGUUCCAGGCCACCCUGUGGGCCGCGGUGCUGCUCUGCCUGAGCAUCGAGACGUUCGGCCUGGUGCUGGCCCACAGAAGUGAGCUGGAGCUGUAUGCUGGCGCCACGCCCGUCCACGGCUGGUGGCGCAGCACGAAGUUUGGCCUCGUCACGACCUUCAAGCUGUUCAUCUCGCAGUCGGGCAACAGCCACGCCCGCUCCGUAACGGUGCGGGUGCUGCUCUUCGCCUGCUUCCUGAACGACAUCAUCAUCACGAGCAUCUAUGGCGGCGGCCUGGCCAGCAUCCUGACCAUACCCAGUCUGGACGAGGCGGCGGACACGAUGCAGCGCAUGCUCGACCAGCGGCUGCAGUGGGCGGGCAACUCAGAGGCGUGGGUCUCCUCGAUUCGCGGCUCGGAUGAUCCCCUGAUGAACGAGCUGCUGGACAACUUUGGCGUCUACAGUGAUGAGCAAUUGCUGGAGCUGGCGCAGAGCAAGCGCAUGGGAUUCACCUUGGAGCGCUUGCCCUUUGGCCACUUUGCCAUCGGCGACUAUCUGACGGAGCAGUCCAUUGAGCACAUGGUGAUCAUGCAGGAGGAUCUCUACUAUCAGUAUACGGUGGCCUUUGUGCCACGGCUCUGGCCGCUGCUGGAGCGCUUCAAUGCCCUGGUCUAUCGCUGGCACUCGUCCGGCUUCGACAAGUACUGGGAGGAUCGCGUCGUGGCCGAUAACCUAAAUGUCAAGAUCCAGCAACAGGUCGAGAGCACCGUGCUCUCCAGUGGCCAAGAAGACAUCGACAUUGAGCCCGUCAUGCUGGGCAUGUCCAAUUUCGCGGGCAUCUUACUCGUCUGGGUACUGGGCAUCAGCCUGGCCCUGAUGGCAUUCUCUGUCGAAAUGCUCACGCUCAAGUACUCGACGUAAACCCGGUCUGGAGAAUGGUAUUGCGUGGCCAGCUAUUGCCAAAUCUGUUUGCGCAACAUUUUGCAAUCGAAAGAUUUCACUUUAUGUAGCGCAGCACAGAUGCGAAAGAUACUAACAUCAUAUAUCAUCGGGCUGAUCUCUUUAAUGUUUUCCUCACUUUAGUUUCACUGAGCCAAGGGCCAACGCGCAACGAUCUCCAGAGAGAUGUCGCCGAGCAAACGACAGGCGGAAGUGGCGUGAAAGUUCUCAGACUCGCUGCGAAUUAUGC